AUGACUAAAGAACAUAUUCCGAAUGAAACGAAAGACGAGUACAGAAAAAUUCUCCUAGAUGCGCUGGCUUUCAACCGUGAAAAAGUGGUAAUUUUGAAUGCAGAACCAUCCAGCAGAGCGUUCGUGAUAUGGUUCAUGAUAUCGAGCUACUUUCCGGUACUUACUGCGUGUCUCGGUCCUAUUGCGAAUAUGAUUGCUGUCGCAGGAAUAGUCGACAAAUGGAGAAUGGACUCUGACGGAAACACCAUACAAGAUGCCAGAGGGGUGUAUGGAGUUAAUGUAGCAUCUCUGGUUUUGGGAUGCAUCUCGAAUUUUGUGUUAUUGCUGCAUUUCUCCAAAAAAGUGAGCUAUGUCACCGCACAAAUAAUAAAUAUCGUGGGUUGGUCAAUGGCUGGCUGUAUGCUCGUUAUUGACCUCAUAGUCUGUGCGAAGGUUGAUUAUUCCGGGGAUCUGCAUAAGACUACUGGAUUUUGGUAUGCUACACUGUCAGCAAUGCUGUACAUCGGGUGUACAGCUCUUCUGUUGAUUCAUUAUGGAGGCUACAAGAAGAAGAAAUAUCCCGCGACUUUUAACCUCACCGAUAGCGAACGCAAUGUGAUGAUUUUCACAUUCAUCCUAUCCCUCUGGUUCAUUUGGGGCGCUGCUAUAUUUUCACAGAUCAUUUCUCUCAGUUAUGGCGAAGCCCUUUACUACUGUGUCGUGGUCAUCUUGACCAUUGGUCUCGGUGAUCUUCUACCUUUAACAGUGGCUGCUAGAAUCAUGACUUUGAUAUACGCAUUAUCUGGGCUGAUAAUCCUCGGUGUCAUUGUCGCUCUGACCAGGUCGAUCAUUGAGAGCUCGUCAGAUCCCGUUUUCUUUUUCUACAGGGUCGAGAACGCGCGUAGCAAGGUUUAUGAAGAAUUAAUUGCUAGUAGUAGCGAAAUGGACUCAGAAACAGCUUUUGACCUUAUCAAGCAUAUAAGAAAGACUUCCCGGCUCAAGCAGCAGCGUUGGAGCACGCUCGUCAUCGUCUGCAUUUUCAUUAUGUUUUGGCUACUGGGCGCACUCGUUUUCUACUUCGCUGAAAACUGGUCAUACUUCAAUUCUCUCUACUUCUGCUUCUUAUGUUUGAUCACGAUUGGUUUCGGAGAUUUUGCGCCUAAGAGCGGGGCUGGAAGAGCAUUUUUCGUCGUUUGGGCUAUUUGCGCCGUUCCACUAAUGACUGCCAUUAUCAGCACACUCGGCGACACAUUGUACGCCAUGGCCGAUGAAUUAGACCUCAGCAUCAUUCAACUCUCUGGGACGGUGAUUGAAUGGCCCGCGAAAUUGUACUUGCGCGCGCGAGACUAUUUCUUUUCGACUGAAAGUAGCGCCCCAUCUUCGAGCGAGACAAAUCCUAUGGAAGAGAUGGGAUCGACCUCUACAUUGCCGAAGCUUUCCGAGAGGAACAUCAGUGAUAGGAGAACAGAGGCUGUUUCUUCAAAUGCUUCAUCCUCGGAAGAUGACCUUCUUGCACAGAAACUCAAAGAGUAUCUUGAAGUCGUGCAAUGGCUGCGUCAACUCUCCCACAGAAAACCUACAGAAAAACUGAGCUUCAAUGACUGGAUGCGCAUGUUCAGCGCUAUCAGUGAUGACACCAAUAACUACGUUGAAGAUCCUAAGUUCUGGCUCUCGUCUGCUUCUCCGCUGCGUUUCCCAUUUCAUGAGCCACAAUACAUCACACAAGCGCUUCUUAAUAAGCUCGAAACUGAUCUGGCUCAUCUGCUUGAAGAACGUUCUAAACAAGGAGAAACAAAUGACAAUGCCAAUUCUGGAUAA